AUGGACUCAUCUACCUCGUCCGGGUCGCUGGAGCCCGUCACUCCACCACCCAACCGCAAUGCUACCUGGUCUGCCAGUCGCAGUGCUGCGGCCGCAGCAGGCUCUAAGCCCGACGUCAACCCCUCCACUCCUACCGGAAGCACCACACCCUCUUCUCUCCGCAAUCGACUCGCAUCUUUCACACGCUCUACUGGCAAACUUGCGUCCGGGACCUUGUCCGCCGGUACGACUUCGCCGGCAGUCACUCCAUUGGAAGAGAGCUCUCAGCGCCUCGAGAAGCUCGACCUUCAAAAGGGCGCAGCAUCGACUCGAACAAGCUCGGAGAACCAAAGAGCUCUGUCCACGCACGCGCCGUCAGCACCAGCUUCAAGGAGAGGCAGCUUCUCCAAGCAUGAAACGGAUGUAUUCGGUCCCCCCUUGGCCACACCUGAAACGGACGUUUAUGAAGACUCGCCGCUCAAGCGCAUUCUUCAAAAUCCCAAUGCGAAACCUCUCCCGGGACACCCUGGCAACUUGACAUCGGCGCAGUCGAAAGCGCUUCACGACCUUACGCAGGGACUGAAGCUCGACGGAGCACUGCAAGAUCCCGAAUCGAACCCCCCUUCGUACCAGGAAACGCAGUUGCUGCGCUUCCUACGAGCGAGGAGCUUCAACGUCGAAGCGGCACGAACCAUGUACCUCAAAGCCGAGGCUUGGAAGAAGGAGAUCGAGCUGGAUCGUCUAGUACAAGAAUUCGAGUUCGAAGAGCGCGAUGCGGUGGCGGCACACGGGUGGUGCAUGUACUUUCACAAGACGGAUCGAUUGGGACGACCGAUCUUCAUCCAAGAUCUGGGCAACAUGAACUGCACCGAGGUGUUUCGCAAGACGACGCCGGAACGCGUGAUUCAGAACUUUGCGGUGACGUUGGAGCUCGCGGUGCGACAUCGGUACGAACCGUGCAGUGUAGCGAGCGGGCGGUGGGUGGAUGACAACAUGAUGGUGGUCAACCUAGCCGGGUUAGGGCUGGGAACGUUUUGGUCGAUGAAGGGACAACUCCAGCAGUUGUUGAGCAUCCUGGAUAACAACUUUCCAGAGUUGUCGGGGAGGGUCCAGAUCAUCAACGCACCGUACAUGUUUAGUACGAUUUGGAGUUGGAUCAAGGGUUGGCUGCCGACGGCGACGGUGGAGAAGAUCGAUAUUGCAGGGUCGGAUUACAGGGAGAGGAUAUAUGAGUACGUGGCCAAGAAGGAUUGGCCGAAGGAGCUGGGUGGGGAGUGCUCAACUCUAGCUGCAAUGCAGAUCCGGGCCCUGCGUCAAGUCCGAUGCUGUCGCUUGGCCAAGACGCCCCCCUCUCCUCCUCUCCCCUUCUCCAUCAAACGCAUGUCGAAUGACCUGUCUCCUCGAUUGUCGUUGUUCUUCGCGAUGGUGACGGUGACAGUUUCUGCAAAGAUCGACUUGCCGUCAAAGGGUUCAACGGACGACACACGUUUCGUACCUAGGGCACCGUACUUGGCGUCCGUAGGACGCUGA